AUGUUGUCUGAUUUUGCAUUCAUGGAACCGUCUAUUCAACAUCCAAUAGAUGAAACACUGUUUAGGUAUAAAAGGUACCACAUUGCAAGGGACCAGUUCUUGACUCUACGGGAUGGUGAAGUAGAGAAGACCAUUAUAGAUGUUUGGAGCUUAAGAAUGAAUUAUGAAAAUAUCACUCGUGGAAUGGGUGAACCAAAAUGCAUCUACUUCACCACCAAUCCUUUUAUGGAAAUUGAUGAUGCUACUGAACGGAAAAUAGAAUUCUCUGCAGAGGAAAAACAAAGACGAUUCAAUGGAUCUUUGGAUUAUGAGAUUAAAUUGGCCUCUAACAUUGACAUCUCUGAUGCUGAACUGGUUUUCUUCCCUGUUAUACGCUAUCAUCACUACUUCAUCAUGUGCUUGAACUUCAAGAAAAGGGUUGUCCAAGUAGUUGACAAUAGAACACUGGGCAAGAAUACCAACUUUCUACAAAGAUAUGAUAAUUGUGAUCAAAACCUAGUUAAUGCAUUCAAAGAGUAUUGCAAAUUUAAAAGGAUCACAACUUUGUUAAACAAAAUGACAAAGCAUGAUGAUGAGGAUGAUGUGUUUAACCAUGAAUUGGUGAAGAUGUCUUGGAAAAAUGCCACUAAUGUUACUGAUUGUGGAGUUUAUUGCAUGCGUCAUAUGCAGACCUUUAAGGGUAAUGGACCGAAUUGGGAAUCUGGAUUUAACAGAACACCUGCAAAUGCAAUAUUCUUGACAUCUUUGAGGGCAAAAUAUGCUGCCGACAUAUUAUUUUUACCAAUGAAUGAGCACAAACAAUCCAUACUACAGGCAGCCCGUAAUCUUUAUAAGUAGACAAUGAUCAUUGUAAUUGAUGGUUCU